AAUUCACUGUAUUUCAUAUUUGAAACCCAUGUUACACAGUUUGUUCUUACAACAAUAUGUAAGAAAGUAGGUACUCCGUAGUAGUGAUGUCCGAACGAAUUUUUCGAUUUAACCGGUUCUUCUUAUUGAACCGGUUGAACCAGUUCCCCAAAUCGAACUGAAUCGUUUGAAACGAUUCGCGUCUCCAAUAAGCAUUAAUCCACAAAUGACUUAAGCGGUUAACUUUUUUAAUGUGACUGACACUCCCUCUGAGUCCGAAUAAAACAAUAUCCCGUAGUAAUUCAUUUACUAAAACAGUACACUGUCUAACUGCUGUGAAGACCUAACUGAAGAUGAACACCGAGCAGAGCCAGAUGACGAACGAACAUGCCCACUGCUGGAGCGUUUCUCGAGUCAAGAACCGGUUGCAUCGGGUUUCGGAUCACCAGUACACUGAACCGAGAACCGUUUCUUUCGGACGCGUCCGAUUUGAGAACCGAUGAACUGAGGAUCCCAGAUAGCAAGCAUAGUCGGCCCGAUUCUGGCUGAGUGUCGGCACAAUCGGCUGGAGUCCGGGUCGGCUGACAUACUGUCUCACGUGGUCGCACCAAGACUGGCGUCUUGUAGUUGUAUUAGGUACAUUGCAUUGUAUCUGGCCCUAUUACGGCUGAAGUGUGACUGAGCUGUUUGGUGCAAUGACUUGGAAAUUAAUGAUGAUGAUGAUGAUGAUGAUAUCAACAACAAAAACUGGCCUAUAAUACUUGUAAUGUCCAUUUUUACCCAGUUGAUUUUUCAUGAUGAUGAUAAAAUCAUGAUAAAAUAAUAAUAAUUAUUAUUAAAUAUUAUAAUAACAGAAUAAUAUUUACAGAAACAACAAAAACAAUUAAAAAAGGGUACAUAAACAUGCACAUUGCAUUGUCUUUGUGGAUGGACAUACGCUGCCCGACUGGAACUGACAGACCAGCCGUCACGCUGUUUGGCGCCAUUUAUAAAUAUUAUGCGGCAGACGGAUAUCUAUCAAGCACACGGCCCGAUUCUGUGGAGCGACAGUCGGCUCACUUGCUUUGAAACGGCCACAAGACGACUUUCGUCAUCAAUUCUAAUCCCACAGAGCGGGAAAAGGGACCUCACUUCGACGCCUGAACUGGUUGGAGAAAGAAAAAGGUAAAAACAUGGAUAGACGUAGUCUUAGAAAACGAGCAGUGAAAAGGGUGAGUUCUUUAUUUUCUUCCUUUCCUGAUGAGAUGCAGAUCACUGGAGCUGCAGAGAAUGCCACUGUGAAUAUCACAGAGGAGGACCAGAAUCAGGGUGAUCAGGGUCAGGCAUCACAUAAAUUUGACAGUGAAGAUGAUUUGCAGAGUGAUGAUGACAUAGUAAAUGUCAGUACAUCACUAACUGACUCUUUGUGCGACUGGGCAGUUCAUUUCAGAGUGUCUUUAGUAGCUUUGGCUGCACUUCUGGCCAUCUUGAGAGUUCAUCAUCCUUUCCUACCAAAGGAUGCCAGAACUCUUCUACAUACCACUACCUCCUACAGCAUCCAAGUUGUUGCUGGUGGUACCUACCACUAUGUCGGCAUUUUGAAAGCUUUUGCAAAAAGCAUGGAUCGCAUCUGGUCUCACAUUCCAAACAGGCAUGAAUUUAAAUUGCAGCUGAACGUAGAUGGACUACCUCUGUUUAAGAGUUCCUCAGUACAGUUCUGGCCAAUCCUUGGCUUGCUACAGGGUGUUGUGAAAAAGCCAGUUGUCAUUGCUCUGUUUUGUGGUGUCUCAAAGCCAAGUUGUCUGGUUGCAUAUUUACAAGAUCUUGUCAGUGAGUUGCAAGAACUAAGCAAAGGAUUCUUCAUCAAAGGGAAACAGUGCUUCUUGAAGGUCAAUUCUGUCAUCUGUGAUGCGCCAGCAAGAGCUUUCAUUAAAGGAACGAAAAGUCAUACUGGUUACUCAGGAUGUGACAAGUGUGUUCAAACAGGUGUUUAUCUUAAACACAGAAUGACUUUUCCAGAAGUCAACAGUGCACUCCGGACAGAUCUGUCUUUCAAAAUGCUGAAUGAUGAAGAUCAUCACGUGACAAAGUCACCAUUAACUGAUGUAGGUAUAGGCAUGGUGUCAUGCUUUCCUCAUGAUUACAUGCACCUUGUCUGUCUUGGGGUAGUGCGGAGACUGUUGGAUUUAUGGAUUGCAUCAGGGCCUUUGCCAUCCCGCUUGUCUUCUCAUCAGAUGAAGCUUAUCUCUAGUGCACUCGUAGGCUUAAGAGGUUUCAUUCCUACGGAUUUCGCUCGUGGAUUUCGCUCGUAA